AUGCUAGUUGCUGCUAUCAAGAACAUCAAAGCUACUUAUAAUCUGAGUAGAAUCAGUUGGCAAGGAGAUCCAUGUCGCCCUCUAGAAUUUUCGUGGGAAAAUCUAACAUGCACUAACGCAAAUGUUUCCACUGCACCAAGAAUCAUCUCCUUAAAUUUGUCAGAUAGUGGAUUAACUGGGAGCAUUGCUCCAGUUUUACAGAAUCUAAUGCAAUUACAAGAACUGGACUUAUCUAAUAACAACUUGACUGGACAAGUGCCUACUUUUCUUGCCAGCAUGAAAUUGUUGACCUUGAUGUAA